AUGGCCAACCCCCAAACCACAAGCAAAAACUCACCCAUCGGCGCCGGCGCUGUCGUCGUCCCCGAGAUCAAACUACCCAAACCCAUCACCACCAAGUCCGAGACCCACCGCCGCCGCCAACACCACCGCCCCUCCGACAUUGCAAUCUUCCCACCCAGGAAAACCGACAUCGUCCUCGUCCGGACCGCAAGAUACCUUCCCAGCCCCCGACUCCUCCAGUGGCACCAACAACAAGUCUCCCUCUACGCGGCGCGCACAAACGCCUGCUCCUCCUUUUCCGUAUCGGCCUCCCUCGCGGCGACGACGCACAGGAAGCCCAAGAUCCUCCUCUCGACGCGGAACCUCACCUGGGUGAAGGCGAACAACGGCGUGUGGGUCAAGGUCCCGCUGACGACGAGGAAUCGCCAGAUUGUUCCGAAGAAGAAGAUCCACUUAAAGGUGAAGAUGCAGUGA